AAAUGAAAAUGGCUGCCACUUUUUUCUUUAAACUUGUAAACCUGGGUUCUUCUGUAAUCUGACACUGAAAUGCAGGAAUUUCGCUCUGGGUUAAGUUCUUCAAGAACAGACGGUUGUCCAUCCUCAUCAACAGCUCGACCUCACAGGUCGAAGAGGCCAUUAAUAUCCUACCGUGAGGAAUCCUCUGACAAUGACUGCGAGGAACCUGGACCAAGUCGUUGCAGUGUGCGGACCAGUUCACGUUUGGCAGCUUCUCCAGAGUCUUUCAGGGAGCUAUCUGAGGAGGAGUCUUCUGAUGAACCUGAUUCCAUCAAGGCCUCUGAACUCCGCAAAACCAACCAAAAACGAACGGAAAUGUCUUCCACCAAAAACAAAUUCUUCACGACCAGUAACCACUGCUAUGUUUGUGGAAAAGGGAUCACUAAAUUUGCUCGUCAUCUCCAAAAACAUGCUGAUGAAGAACCUGAGAUCGCAGAGGCAUUUUCAUUUCCCCCGCACUCAACCGAACGCAAAAGGUUGCUUGACAUACUGAGAAAUAGAGGUAAUUACGAUCAUAAUCAGGAGGUGCUGAGGAGUAAUACCGGAGCGUUGAAAGUGAAAAGGCGACCAAAAACGGACAAAACGAGUUCAGCGAGCUUCAUGUGCUGUCCGUACUGUAAGGGCAUGAUGGCACGUGCAGAAAUGUGGAAGCAUAUACCCAACUGUGUAACGAGAACGUCAGAUACUGCAGCCUCUGCAAACAAGAGUGCUAUAAGUGAGACCGAGGAGUCAGAGUCAGUGCAAAAAAUCCCUCCUGAUGUGAAGAAGAUACUUUCAGGGAUGGAAAAAGACAAAACCACACUUGUGAUUCAAAACGAUGACCUUCUGAUCCAGCUGGCAAAGAGUUUAUGCAGAAAGUACAGAAACGAUCCAGGCAAGGAGCAUUACGUCCAGGAGAAGCUAAGUGAAAUGGGGACACUCUUGUUGGAUCUGCAUAAAAGGACAAUAUUAACUUUUGAAGAUGCAAUCCAACCCAAGAACUUCUCCAGGGUUGUCAACUCAGUGAAAAAAAUUGUUGGUUUUGAUCCCAUAAUGCAGAGGUACAUUAAACGGGGACUUGCUUUCAAUUUAGGAAAUUCCCUGAAGAGGAUCGCCAACAUUGUUCUCAAUGGGACAAACAGCAGUGAGACGAUGAGGAGUUGUGCUAAAAUAUUCAUUGAUAAAUGUGUAAAAGAGUGGGGUGGACUUGUCUCUGACCCCACCCGUGCUUCAUUAAGAGGACAGAAAGUUAGCAGUCCAUCUACAAUACCUUUUACACGUGAUGUCCAGGUUUUCCAUACUUACCUGGAAAGGUUAUCCACUUCUGCCACUGAAAGCUUGACGACGUGUGAGGAUCCUCAAGUCUACAACGCACUCUCCAGGGUCACGCUUACACAGGUUUCUGUUUUAAGCAAAUGUACAUCUGAGGUUUCAGAAAUGACGCUGAAGUCUUAUGUGGAGAGAGGCGACUCCACCAAGGUGUUGUCCAAACACUUCAUCAGGAUAAAUAUUCUGAGCAAGAGCGGCCUGAACGUUGCCGUCCUGUUGACCUCUCAACUUGUUAGCGCGCUAACUUUGCUGAUCAGCAAGAGGCUGGCCUGUGGUGUGCAUGAGGACAAUCCUUACUUGUUUGCAAAGCCGGACUUGUGUUCCACAAGUCACUACCACGGAGCGCACUGUAUUAAGUCUUUCUCAAACCUGUGUCGCGCAGAGAACCCUGAGAAUCUCAGGGCGGCCCAUCUCUGCAAGCACAUGGCAAGAAUUUUCCAGAUUCUCAACCUGGAGAAUGACGAGCUUGAACACCUUAGUGAACUGCUUGGUCAUGAGAUCCAGACCAACCGGGAAUAUUACCGGUCCCCAGAGGCAGCCGUUGAACUUGCAAAAAUCUCUAAACUCCUUCUGGCAAAGGAGAAGGGUUCUCUGGAAAGAUUCAAAGGAAACUCUCUGGAGGAGGUUGAGAUUGAGGAUGAGUUGAAGUUGGACGAGGAGCAGAGCAACAGUGAAGAAGAUGCUGAAAAGCCCAACAUAGAGUCAGGUUCUCCACUUCAGCAGAGUCAUGUUGCAGAACAGGUCGAUGGCGAGCCGACUCUGGCUGUUCAGGAUGCGCUGGAGCACAUAAAGGCUCAAAGAGACAAACCGUUUCUUCAGGAGAAGCUCAUAAACUCUGUUAAAGGGAGAGGUGUCUUCACCAGUGAGUCCAUUGAUCCAUCUUCUUUUGUUGUUGAGUUUCGGGGGAGCCUCUGCACUCGCCAAGGAAGCUCUGAGGAGGAACGUGGAGACUCGUUAAACAAUUAUGUGUUUGACUUUUCAUGGAAAGGUUCAAACUGGUGCAUCGAUGCUUCAGCUGAUGAUGGAAGUCUGGGCCGGCUUGUAAACGAUGAUCACUUCAACCCAAACUGCAAAGUGAUGAAGAUUAACUAUGAGGAGAAACCACACCUGUGUCUGUUUGCUUUGAAACAAAUAUCUGCUGGUGAGGAGGUGACCUUCGACUACGGCGAGUCUUCUUACCCGUGGCGCUCAAAGGAAACCACUGAGGAUGUAAAUAUUCCCGAAAAAGACUUGGAAAAGGAUCCAGCUUCCCCUGUCCAUGAACAACCUGAAGACUCUGCAGCAGAAACCUUCAGCUCUGCUGAAUCCUCCGGAGAUGAAUAUGUGUGCAAUGAACAACCAGACAGUGAUGACAGUUUCUCAGAGUCUGAACUGCUCGACAUGGCUUCAUCCAACCUGGAAGGAGACCAGACCCGUCACAGCUCUGAUGACUCGGACUCUGACGCACCGGCCAAAGAUCCUGCCUUCACUAACAAGAACUACUGUUUUGUCUGUGGAAGACCUCAGACGAAAAUUUCCCGUCACCUCUUCACCCACAGAAAGGAAGAACCCGAGAUCGCUGAGGCGUUUGCAUUGCGUCGCAACAGCAAGGAGCGAAAGAAACUGCUGGACAACCUGCGGAACCGAGGAAAUUACAACCACAACCAGGAGGUGCUGAAGACUCGCAAAGGAAAGCUAAAACUGAAGAGAAGAACCAACAUGUCCACGGCCGAAAACUCUGCCACCUGCAUUUAUUGUAAAGCCCUGUUUAGUCGCAAGAUUUUAUGGAGGCAUCUUCUGAAGUGUCCUUCAAGGAUCUCAGCCCCUCUAGAAGGUAGGACGCGGAUCUUAGCUCUGGUGGCAUCUGGGUUGACGGACCCUGAAAAGAAGUCGUCUGGUGUGAGAAAGGUGCUAAAAAAACUGAAAGACGACGAGACAAGGUCUUUCAUUUUACAAGAUCCUUACCUUCUGCGGCUGGCGUGCUGUUUAUACUACCUGAAUAAGGCCAAGAACAAAGACAAAGAAAUAAAUCGGAAACUGAGACAGAUGGGAAGACUGCUCGGAGCCUUAAAGGAAAAGUCCAUAAUGUCCUUCGAGGAGGCCUUAAAACCCAAGAACUUUGACAGCAUCGUUGAAGCAACGAGGAAAGUCUCAACUCUGAACAAAGACAAUAGCUCCAAGAGGCUCUCAAAAACAGUCGCAUACUCGCUCAAGAAAGUAGCUAAUAUAAAAUAUGCCUUAGCUCUGAGCGAAAAGGGGGAUAAAGAGGCGAUUGAGGAAGCGAAGGAGUUUGUGCAGCUGUGUGAGAAGGAAUGUGCUAUAAGCAAACCAGCUCAACGGGAAAUACCUGGAACAGCAACUGUGCCCUUCAUCCAGGACGUUCAGCUGCUCUUUAAGUACAUCAACAAUUCGGUGACCUCUGCAGUCAAAACUCUGACCAAGUUUGAAAGCCCACCAGUUUACACCGCCCUGCUCAAAGUGGUCAGCGCAUAUCUGGCCAUACUAAACAGAAAUGUCGGCGAAGUGUGCCAUGUGAGCCUGCAGUCGUUCCAGCAGAGGAAUGAAACUCCACCUCAGGAAGACGCUGAGGCCAAGCAGCAGCCGUUUGAGAAAAUUCUGUCCAAAUGCCUCGUUAAGAUCAGCGUCGCCAACCAAAAGAACCAAAAAGUGGUUCUCAGUCUGACCCCUGACCUGCUCUCUGCCAUAACAAUGCUGGUGGAGAGAAGAAAACCAUGUGGCGUGGCUGAUGGUAACCCCUACCUCUUUGGCAGGCCGGGUGCUUCCUCUUCAAGUACCUGCAGGGGUCAGCAGAACGUCUCUGUGUUUGUAAAUUUGUGUGACGCCAACAGUGAGGCGAACCUCAGAUCCCCGUUUUUCCGUAAACACACAGCAAGAAUUUUCCAUAUUCUCAUCCUGAGUAACGAGGAGCUUAGCCAGUUAGCCACACUGCUGGGUCGUGACCUUCGGACCGAGAGCGAGUUCUAUCAGACUCCUCAGGCGGCUGGAGACAUCGCAAAAAUCUUGGUGCUGCUGUCAGCAGUUGAGGGUGAAUGUUUGGACAUAUUCCAAGGAAAAUCUUUGGAGGAAAUCGAGAUUCCAGAUGAACUGCAGGCGGUGGUGGAGCACAGCAGUAAAGCUGAUGAAGAAGAGUCUGCAGCUUCUCUUCAGGUGGACGGUGCUUCUCCCUCAUCGGCAAAGAAGAAAGGCAAAGGUUCUUCCACAAAGAACCGAGCCAAGAGCAAGAAGCAGGAGAGUGAGAAGGACCGGACUGAGCUGACUAGUAAGAUAAAUAAACCGGAGAACACAGAGAAAGAUGAGCAACCAGGGAAAAUACCACAGCAGAUCAACAUGGACGCACCUGAGGAGACACAGACCCGCAAAGAAGAGGCCCCGGCUCGCACUGAAACCACAGCAGCUCCUAACAAACACAACGAGAUUUAUUUUAGUGACGACGACGAAGACAUGAAUGUAGAUUUUAACAUGGACAUAGACAUAGCUGAUGAUGAUGAUGAUGAUGUCAGAAACCAGGAAAAUAAGGCUGAUGGUAUCUCUGAAGCAAACUUUGGAGGUCGAGACAAAACCGAAGAGCAGGGCGACACGAGGGAGACUCAGAAGGACAACGUCUCUGAGGAGACUGCGGACACGAUGGGAGCAAAGCAUAUCGAGAACAAAUGUCCAGAGGCAGAUGGUGAUCAAGGUGAAGAAGAUGCUGAACAGGACGACUGGAUGGAUGCAGACAGUGGGGGUUCUUCUCCUGUACGGACAGAAGAGAAAAGCAACAAGUUGGAAGCAGCAAUGAGAAGAAUGAAAGAAAUUAAGAUUGUGGUCCGAAAACUGAAUGUUGAAAACCUGCAGACUCCUGUCCGGGUUUCACGGUUAACGUUGAGUGAGAUUCAGUCGGAAAAAGAUCAGAACUCACGGGUCGCUAAAGACGAUCAUAAACCCACUUCCACGUCCACGGAGGAAACAAACAAGCAGAGCACUGCAAAGGCUGUGCAGAUGAUCUGUUCCCACUGUAAGAAGAUUAUGAUGAGGGGACAAACUGCAUACCAAAAGAAAGGCUUUACAGAUGUCUUCUGCUCUAAAGACUGCCUGUUUGAGAUGUUUCCUCCCAGCAAAGCAGCUUCAAGGACGUGUUACUACUGUUUCAGGGAGAUCUCGCAGCCUCUGGACCUCAUCAUGGCUGUGGUGGACCUGAAAGGAACCAUGAAAGACUUCUGCAGUCCAACCUGCUUGUGCUCUUUCAAAUCCCGCUCUCCGUCUGUGAAAAUACAGCAGUCACUUCAGAGAAAUUCGAACUCCACGUCUACACAGACGCUCUCACCACUCUGCAGCAUGUGCAACAAAACCUGUACUAACAUGCUCGAGUUGAAGCUGGAUGAGUCCCGGCACACCUUCUGCAGUGGUGUCUGCUUGGAGACCUUUUGCAGGGACAACAUGGGGGUCUGUGAGAACUGCAGCUCAUCCUGCUGCAGGAAGUCGCUUCUACUGAGGCUGGAGGAUGGCACAAAAACCAUGUGUAGUCCAGAGUGUUUGGAGGAGUUUAAAAAGAACAUAAUGGCGGCCCACGAAUGCCCCGUGUGUCAAGCUUUGCAACUCCCAUCAGACAUGGUGAACUACAAAAACGAGAACAUCGUGGACCUCUUCUGCUCUCGAUACUGUGUGAUGUCUUUCAAGGUGCUGCCCACGUCACACGAACUGUCCAGAACUAAGCAACAUCCUUCCUCUUUGGCUGUGGAGAUGGACGACACGGCGAGACUCAUCAUUGGAAGUGAUGAUGUGACCUGCUGCUGCUGCAGCAAACGGCUGAAGAAAGCUUCCAAAGUUUACCACCUGAAAAAAGCAAAGCAGGUGUUCUGCUCCAAGUCGUGCGUCACUGAAAAGCAUCCCCACGUCCAGUUCGACACCAAAAAGUGUUACAACUGCCUCCAGUUGAUCACGCAGCCUCAGAAAGUGAUCCUGGCUCCUGUGGAUGAUUCAGGAACUAUGAAGGAGCUCUGCAGCGACACGUGUCUCACUUCAGUGAAAUCCAAAAUGCUGUAUUCCCACUGCAAGCUGUGUGGCAAGUACUGCCCUUGUAAGUUCUCCGUGACUGUGGACGGCGAGGUCCUCAGGCUCUGCAGCGACUCUUGCGUCUCCAACUUCCAGAAAGAAAACAGGUUUUCUUGGUUCUCCUGCGCAGCCUGUGGCGCUGUGCGCUCCAGCGUGGGGCUUUCCCUCCAGACGGAGGACGGAGCGAAAACCGUCUGCGGAGACGAAUGUCUGGUCAAGCUCAAAGAGAAAGUGAAAACUCUUCAGCUGUGCUCCACGUGUAAAACUCCUCAUCAGAUGUCGGACAUGGUGGAAAAUAAAAACCGUGAGGGCCAGUUGGAUUUCUUCUGCAGCCACAGGUGCAUGAAGGUUCACAAAGCUCAGACCUUCACUCUUCCAGCAGAAAAGUCUGAGGUGAAGGAGGUGAAGCCGUCGCUGCCAGCUUUAUCCCGUAUCAAAGAGGAGCCCGUGGACCAGGAAUACUUUCUGAACCGCUCCCUCUCAGUUUCUCCACAGAGCAUCAAGGAGGAACCAGAUGCGUCGAAGGAGGACUUGAAGAUCGGGUCGGUUUUCUCUCUGACCGAGGACUCGAAGCCUCCCCAGUCCACUCUGGCCCACAUGGAGCUCCCUGCAUCCUGCUCCACCUGUCAGAGGGUGCUUAUGGACGGAGAGACGGUCUACCAGAGGAAAGCCCACUCGGAUCUGUUCUGCUCCACUUCCUGUCUGCUCAAGUUCUACCAGCUGAAGCCGGUGAAGAAGAUGUGCCACUUCUGUCUGCGGGUGCUCAUGAAGCCUCAGUCGGUCCUGCAGGCUGCAGUAGACAACGAAGGUACAAAGAAGGACUUCUGCAGCCAGUCCUGCCUGUCGUCCUUCAACUACAAGAGAAUCAUGUCCACCAAACUCCCCGUCAUUCCAGCUGCAUCCCAGCCACAGUGCAGCGUUUGCAGCAGAUUCUGCAUAAGCAAGCAUGAGGUCAUCCUGCAGGAUGUGGUCCAUAAGAUCUGCAGUGACCCCUGUUUCCACCGGUUCUGCAACAUCAAUAACCUGCAGGUGUGUGAGAACUGCGGUUCCCGCUGCAACUCGCCGCUCAGGCUGAAGAUGGAGGACGGCAACAAGUCGCUGUGUGGUGCAGAGUGCCUGAAGCUCUUCAAGCAGAAAAUCCAGACGCUGCAGCCCUGCUCCAUGUGCUGCAGCUCUAAACUCGUGUCAGACAUGUCUGAAAACAAAACCAGUGAAGACAUCGUCGAGCUGUUUUGCUCCAACAGCUGCGUGAUGGCAUCCAAGAUCCAGGCCGUCUGUGCCUCAGGCGUCGCUCUGAACUGUGAUAACUGCAGUAGGAAGUCGGCUCCAGCCUGUCAUCUGGCCAUGUCGGACGCCUCCAUCAGAACCUUCUGCUGCCUAACUUGCGCCAUGGCUUUCAAGGAGACUCAUAAAGACCAGAUCACCGGAACCAGUGCAGCAGAAUCCUGCAGACAAACUCAGUCCGAUUUGGACAAACUACCAGAGAGACUCACCUGUGCUCAGUGUCAGCAGAUCAUUAAAACUGCCCCCAGUGUCCUUCAGAAGAAGGACCAACUGAUUUUUGUCUGCAGCCGGGUCUGUUCUCAGGGGUUUAAGAAGCUCAACAACAUGCUGGGUGUGUGUGAACGCUGCAGGAACAAAAAGGUCAUCAACGAGGUCAAGAGGAUCGAUAACAAGGACUGCAGCUUCUGCAGCGAUGGUUGCCUCCUGCUGUUCCACCGUGAGCUGGAGAAGAAGUGGGGGAAACACUGUCCUACCUGCUCCUUCUGCCUCUCCGUCUCUAAAACUGUGCUGUCGGCGCAGGUUGAAGGCACCAAGAAGGACUUCUGCUCUGAAGGCUGCAGAUCAAAGUACAAAACGCUCAUCUGUCACGAGGCGAAAUGUGACACGUGUGGACGUCGAGGGAAGCUGACGGAGAGUCUUCCUCUGCCGGGGAACGUCAAACACUUCUGCGACCUGAAAUGUCUCCUACGCUUCAGGAAUAACAAGGAUGAGACGCUCACCGCAGGAUCUUCAUCUCCUAAAUGUGCAGGCAGCGUGGUCUCGGUGUCCGGCGCCCUCGCAGAAGGACCUGCACCGCCCGUUCCAGCUUCAACUCUCUGCUGUGUCUCUGCAGGACUUUUCUCUGACAUUCAGACUAAAGUUGUUGGACACGCCAGCGUUCAGACGGCCCCCAAGGAGCUGAAGAACAAGUCCAUGCUCUGCGUUCCUCUGGUCCACAACAAAGGAGUCUCAUGUUGUGUUCAGACUGUAGAAACGGCUUCACAAACAGUGAAUUUUAAGCCCAAAGUUCAGAAGGUGGCUUCUGCUGUUCCUGUGCCGGUUCCUGUCUACGUUCCUCUGCCCAUGAACCUCUACAGCCAGUUCACCCCGGCUCUGUUGGUUCUGCCCGUACCGCUGCCCGUGCCGGUGUUUCUCCCUGAGAAGAAGGACGGCUCAGAGCCGACACUGACGGAGAAAACACAGACUGCAUCUCUCCAGGAGGAGUUUAGCUUCAGUCCUGAAAGGCCAACGGAGCAGAAGGAUAGAGAUGAACGAGAAACCAGCCAGAAGGAGGAGGAAACACAAACUCAGUCCCUUAUUGAAACUAUCAACAGCUACAUGGAGGACUUUGGAACAGAUCAUCAGCCAAGUUUUAACCACAAAGACUUUGACUGUGACUGCAGCCUUGAAUUAAUCAGUCAGCCACACACCUGCUGCGUCCCUCCUCCCGACCCAGACCCGACAUUUCCCAGAGAUCGUCCCCUUGUUCUUCCUCCUCCUGCGGAGGUACUGGGUCCUAAUCUCCAGAGCGCAUUGAUUUCUCUACCUGCUUCAGGUCUGGUUGAAGAGACUCCAGGAAACGUUCAGAAUAGUAACAAGGGAGGAAAUGUCCCUGAAGAAGCUGAAGAGGAGAUGUUCCAUAGAGGUUCUGCUGGGCUGAUUCCCCAGCAGUACCAAGGUCUGGACAGUCAGUGUGGAGUUGAUGCUUGGAGGAGAUGGAUCCAGUGGAGAGAAUCUCAUACCCGUCUGGGGCUUCUACCCACGUCCGCUGGGAGAUUAAAGGUGGACAUCCUCGAGUGUUCUUCAUCUCAACUGAGCGAUGGCCUCCUUCUCUUCAUCAGAGAAGUAAAACACUCUCAAGGAGACUCGUAUUCUCCAGACAGCUUGUUGUACCUGUGCCUCAGCAUCCAGCAGUAUCUGUUUGAAAGCAGUCGGCUGGAGAACAUUUUCACCGACCUGAACUACCAGAGGUUCUCCUCUGAGCUCACCAGGAUCCUGAAAUGUUCCCAACCUUCCCUCUCAGCCUGCUGUUUUGGCCCCUCCUGCGUACAGGAGGAGUUCCUCUGGGACUGCAAACAGCUGGGGGCGUACUCCCCCAUCGUCCUCCUCAACACGCUGCUCUUCUUCUGCUGCAAGAACUUCGGCUUCACCACGGUGGAGCAGCACCGCCAGCUGUCUUUUGCUCACUUCAGACGGUGCACCAGAACCAAUGGAGACGGCACCAAGACGACCUUCCUCCGGUUCUACCCUGCUGAGUCCAGAAAUGAUGCAGAGAUGGGUUCUGACGGCGUCCCGGCGAAGAAACGCAGGUUAAAUGAGAAUUUCCUGGACAUGAAGGAGAACCUGGAGAACCCUCUGCGCUGUCCUGUCAGACUGUACGAGUUCUACCUCUCCAAGUGCUCAGAGUCGUUGAAGCAGCGCAGCGACGUCUUCUACAUGCAGCCGGAUCACCGCUGCCUUCUCAGCAGCCCUCUGUGGUUCUUGCAGACGCCGCUGGACAGCGCCAUGAUGGAUGCCGCCAUCGUUCGAUCCCUCGCCGUCAGAGAGCUGCAGGAGGGACACGGAGGAGGAGCGUGAGGGAAUAAAUGGAUCAGAACCGUCUGGGAACAGGGAGGAAACUGGGUUUAUGUUUCUUUUCUGCCUUCGGUCUGUUCAGACGUCACAGAGAGGAAUUUGCUUCAGAAACUCUGAACUCAUCUUCAUCAUUUUCACACCGCAGCAUAAAAAAGCUGAUUUUCCUCCUAAGUUAGUCCGUCUGGAUGUUUCAGGACUGAAAAUAGUUUCAGUUUUUGUACCGAGAGAAUUGAGCUGAAACAACAGAAAUCAGGCUGAGAAAAAGUUGUUUUAUGUUAAGAGAAACAAUUUAUUGCAUAAAUAUCACCGAAUAAAAGCGACACAGUUCUGUUUUCAUUCAUUA